GCUGAUCCAUUAGCACAGGCUAAAAAUGGCUACACCCCGCUCCAUAUUGCCGCAGAACGACGCCUGUUAGAGGUGGCCAAACUGGUGAUCGCAGCCGGAUGUGAUACGGAAUCGCGAAACGGAUUCACUGCUUUGCAUUUGGCCAGUCAAGAUGGCAGUCCGGAAAUGACCAAAUUGUUACUCGCUGCCGGUGCACGUGUGAAUGCCCGGGCCAAAAACGAUCCCAAGUGGAGGCUGUGCUCAUUAGGUCUGGACCGUGAGAAUAGCAAUCAUUGUGGAUUGGAUAAACUAUUCAAAUUUGAGGUCCCGUGUUAG